UAACAUUCAAGUCCCUCCUCUCCGAGAAGAGGCGACGCUAAAUUUAUAACUAACGAGCUCAGAGCUCUUGAUUUCUCGGUCGUAACUUUCUCCAUCGGAAAAAUCUUGGUCGAUCACAACGGUUGAAUUAUUGGUAUAUUCCAAAAUUCUGGGUUUUUGAAUUAGGUGGAGGAGUUGAUCGAUUUUUGAAUGGCUUCUUCAAGUUUGGGGAGCUCAAUCCCUGCACCAGAGGCUGUUCAACUUCUGGUAUCGUCUCUAGCUGAUGAUUCCUCUGUGGUUAGAGAAGCUUCCAUGGCUUCUCUUAGAGAUAUUGCCUCGCUGAAUCCGCUUCUGGUUCUUGAUUGUUGUUAUGCUGUGUCUCGUGGAGGACGAAGGCGGUUUGGUAACAUGGCUGGGGUUUUUCAAGUAAUGGCGUUUAGUGUUGGUGCGUUGGAGAAAGGGGAGAGUGAUGCAGUUUUCAUGGGGAAACUUGCUAAGAUUGCUACAGCUGAGAUAAUAUCUUCCAAGGAACUAAAUGCUGAUUGGCAAAGGCAAGCGUCAGGGCUGCUUGUCUCAAUUGGAACACAUUUUCCUGAUCUUAUGAUGGACGAAAUAUUUCUUCAUCUGUCUGGUCCGGCCACAGCUUCGCCUGCUAUGGUUCAAAUUCUUGCUGACUUUGCCACAUCUGAUGCUUUGCAGUUCACUCCACGCCUGAAAGAUGUACUUUCAAGGGUGUCGCCUAUUCUUGGGAAUGUUAGGGACUUACACCGACCAAUAUUUGCAAAUGCAUUUAAGUGCUGGUCUCAGGCAGUGUGGCUAUACAUCACAGAUCUUACAUCAGAUUCUCCGCUUGACAGUGAUGUCAUGUCAUUUCUGAACUCUGUUUUUGAGCUUUUGUUGAGAGUUUGGGCAAUUUCUCGAGAUCAUAAGGUACGAGUAUCUACUGUAGAGGCUUUGGGUCAGAUGGUCGGUCUUAUCACGCGGACACAACUGAAAUCAGCAUUACCACGGCUUAUUCCAGCAAUACUUGAACUGUAUAAGAGAGACCAUGACGAUGCUCUUUUGGCAACGUCUAGUCUUCACAAUCUUUUAAAUGCCUCAUUACUUUCCGAGUCUGGUCCUCCACUGCUUGAGUUUGAGGACCUCACAGUUGUUCUGUCAACACUUCUUCCUGUGAUCGGUGUCAAUAGUGAACGCAGAAGGUGCUCAGAUAUUUCAGUGGGACGUAAGACAUACAAUGAAGUGCAGCGGUGUUUUCUGACUGUUGGCUUGGUUUACCCCGAGGAUUUGUUUACAUUUCUUCUUAACAAAUGCAAGUUGAAAGAAGACCCUUUGACGUUUGGUGCUCUUUGCAUCUUGAAACAUCUGCUUCCGAGGUUGUUUGAAGCCUGGCACUCAAAACGGACUCUUUUGGUCGAUACUGCGAGCUCUUUGUUAGAUGAGCAAAGUUUAGCUGUUCGAAAAGCCCUUUCAGAGUUGAUCGUGGUCAUGGCUUCACACUGCUAUCUGGCCGGUCCAUCUGGGGAAUUAUUUGUUGAAUACCUUGUCCGCCAUUCUGCAAUAGGAGAGAGUGAAAAUCUGAAGGCAAAAGGGGAACCAGUUAGUCCAACACAGCUAAGAGCAGUUUGUGGAAAAGGUCUUCUGCUCUUGACCGUUACUAUCCCGGAGAUGGAGUACAUUCUUUGGCCUUUCCUACUGAAAAUGAUUAUCCCUAAGGUUUACACCGGCGCUGUUGCAUCAAUCUGUAGAUGUAUAUCUGAACUGUGUCGACGUAGAUCUUCAACCACUCCCAUGUUGAUCGAGUGUAAAGCUCGUGCUGAUAUUCCUAGCCCUGAGGAGUUGUUUACCCGUUUGGUGGUUCUUUUGCACAACCCUCUGGCUAAAGACCAAUUAGCAUCCCAAAUUUUGACGGUCCUUGGCUAUCUGUCCCCUCUUUUUCCAAAAAACAUUAGCAUGUUUUGGCAAGAUGAGAUUCCAAAAAUGAAGGCGUAUGUCUUUGACACAGAAGAUCUGCAGCUUGAUCCAACUUACCAGGAAACAUGGGAUGAUAUGAUAAUUAAUUUUCUAGCAGAAUCACUGGAUGUCACCCAGGAUGCGGACUGGGUUAUAUCUCUUGGAAAUUCUUUUGCAAAACAAUACAUUCUUUACACUCCGGAUGAUGACCAUGCAGCACUUCUACACCGGUGUAUCGGAAUACUUCUUCAGAAAGUUAAUGAUAGAGCGUAUGUUCGUGACAAGAUUGACUGGAUGUACGAACAGGCUGACAUUUCUAUACCUGCAAAUAGACUUGGUUUGGCGAAGGCCAUGGGGCUGGUUGCAGCUUCCCACUUGGACACUGUACUGGAAAAGCUGAAAAUCAUUGUAGAUAAUGUUGGGCAGAGUAUUUUCCAAAGGAUCUUAUCUCUCUUCUCUGAGAGCUAUAAAACAGAAAACAGCGAUGAUAUACAUGCUGCUUUGGCUUUGAUGUAUGGAUAUGCUGCAAAAUAUGCUCCCUCAUCGGUUAUUGAGGCCAGAAUAGAUGCACUUGUCGGCACUAAUAUGCUUUCGCGGCUUCUUCAUGUGCGGCAACAAACGGCAAAACAAGCUGUUAUAACUGCUAUUGAUUUAUUAGGUCGUGCUGUCAUAAAUGCUGCAGAAAGUGGUGCUACAUUCCCAUUGAAAAGAAGAGAUCAGAUGCUUGAUUAUAUAUUGACUUUGAUGGGCCGAGAUGAAAAUGAAGGUUUUGCAGAAUCUAGUCUUGAAGUUCUGCACACUCAGGCACUCGCUCUGAAUGCAUGCACAACACUGGUCUCUGUGGAACCGAAGCUGACCAUUGAAACUCGAAAUCGUGUCAUGAAGGCUACACUGGGAUUCUUUGCUUUGCCUAAUGAUCCAUCUGAUGUCAUCAGUCCCCUUAUAGACAAUCUUGUGACUCUCUUGUGUGCCAUCCUCCUUACAAGUGGAGAGGAUGGAACGGUAUUUUUAUUUCCUGACCGCGAGGUAUUGUGUUUGGGAGAUAGGGUCAUAACCUAUCUCCCACGCUGUGCUGACACAAAUUCUGAAGUUCGAAAAAUUUCUGCACAGAUUCUUGACCAGUUCUUCAGCAUUUCCCUUUCCCUUCCCAAAGCGGCACUCUCAAGCGGGCUAGAUUCUGAAGAAUCCUAUAAAGCCCUGUCUUCCCUUGAGGAUGUCAUUGCCAUUUUGAAAAGGGAUGCCUCUAUUGAUCCAUCUGAAGUUUUCAACAGAAUAGUCUCAUCAAUUUGUGCUCUUUUAACAGGGAAUGAGCUUGUAGCAGCCUUAAACAGUUGCACUGCAGCUAUCUGUGACAAAAUCAGGCAAUCUGCUGAGGGAGCCAUUCAAGCGGUUACUGAGUUUGUUUCAAGAAGAGGGAGUCAGCUUAGCGACAAUGAUAUAUCAAGGACGACCCAGUCCUUGCUCUCGGCAGCAGUUCAUAUAACUGAUAAGAAUUUACGUGUUGAAGCUGUUGGAGCUAUCUCUGUACUGGCAGAGAACACGCAACCAUCUAUUGUGUUUAAUGAAGUGUUGGCUACUGCUGGAAGGGACAUCGUGACGAAGGAUAUAACUAGGAUGCGUGGUGGCUGGCCAAUGCAAGAUGUAUUUUAUGCUUUCUCUCAACAUACGGAACUUUCAGUUCCGUUUAUGGAACACUUAAUAUCCAUUCUCAAUCGUAGUUCUUUAGUUAAAGGUGAUUCACAUAAGGGAGAGAAUACUAGCUCUUCUACUGAAACACAUGUUGAAGAUGAUAUUCUCCAAGCUGCCAUUUUUGCUCUCACUGCUUUUUUUAGAGGGGGCGGAAAAAUUGGAAAGAAAGCUGUUGAGAAAAGCUACUCUUCUGUCGUUGGGGCACUUACUCUUCAAUUGGGAAGCUGUCAUGGACUUGCAAGUUCUGGUCAGCAAGAUCCAUUACGAGUACUUCUAACGUCAUUUCAAGCUUUCUGUGAGUGUGUUGGUGAUUUGGAGAUGGGAAAGAUUUUGGCUCGUAAUGGAGAGCAAAGAGAAAAAGAAAAAUGGGUUGAUCUUAUUGGCGAUAUUGCUGGAUGCAUUUCAAUUAAGAGACCGAAGGAGGUUCGACAUAUAUGCUCGAUUCUCACGAAAGCACUUAACCGUCCACAAAGAUUUCAAAGGGAAGCUGCUGCCGCUGCAUUGUCAGAGUUUAUCCGCUACAGUGGUGAUUUUAGUUCUGUAAUGGAGGAGAUGGUCGAGGCACUCUGCCGACAUGUGUCAGAUGAUUCUCCGACUGUAAGGCGCCUUUGUCUAAGAGGAUUAGUGCAAAUGCCAUCUGCUUGCAUGAACCACUACACAACUCAAGUUAUUGGUGUAAUAUUAGCAUUGCUUGAUGAUCUGGAUGAGUCUGUGCAGUUAACUGCUGUGUCAUGCUUGUUGAUGGUCACAGAGUCAGCUUCUAAUGAUGCUGUUGAACCUAUCUUGCUGAAUUUAUCUGUUCGGCUUCGUAACCUUCAGGUUAGUAUGGACCCAAAGAUGAGAGCCAAUGCAUUUGCCGCACUUGGAGCAUUAAGUAAAUAUGCUAUUGGAGGACAGCGGGAGGGAUUUGUUGAGCAGAUUCACUCCUCCCUUCCGCGCUUAGUAGUACACUUCCAUGACGAUGAUCUUAGCAUACGGCAGGCUUGUCGGGCAACCCUCAAGCGGCUUGCUUCACUCGUGAACAUAAUAAAUUAUUCUACCCUUUAUGAUUCACGUGCUUUUGGUUCUGACGAUAGAACUGACUAUGAAAAUUUCGUAAGGGAUCUCUCAAAGCACUUGGUUCAAGAGUCGGAAAGAGUUGAUACUUACAUGGCCUCAACCAUCCAGGCUUUUGAUGCACCGUGGCCAGUAAUUCAGGCGAAUGCAAUACACUUCUCCACCACCAUGUUAUCACUCUCAGAGGAUCAGCACAUAAUCUCUCUCUACUACCCACAGGUGUUUGAAACGCUGGUUAGCAAGAUGACCCGGUCGCAAGAUUCAGUUGUGAGAGCAGCAUGCUCAUCAGCCUUUGGGUUGCUGCUAAGAUCAAGCAAGUCACAAUUAUGGAGAGGAGCUCGACUUGAUAGGAGUGAAUCAGGUAGAAAAUCCAAUGAUCCUGAGUCUGUUAAGAAAUAACAUGUGCAUUUCGGUCCGUGUGAAUACCAACCAGUCUGUUAAGAAAAAUCCGGGGGGUUUGCAAUAUAUAUUUCCAUAGGUACAGUGUGCAAUGAGAACCCAUCCAGGUUUGUGUGUUUGUUGUAAAGUGUAUUACGUUUUCUGUUUUCAUCUUGCGAGGGUUGUCACUUGUGUGUCAUCUCUAUUACCGAACUCAGGAAAGAAACAUUCACAGGAAAGUGUUGUAGGCUCAGGUCCUCUUUUUGUUGAUUAUGAUUUUUGAGGCUUCUGCUAGA